CAAUUUCACCAUCCAGCUAGUCCACUUUCGUAGUCAAGUUAGUUGCACAUUAUAUCAAUCCAGCUCCUGAUAUCACUGUAAACCAUAUUCACAGCCAUGUUAACCAACCGCACAAUACUUCCAUACGUCUACAGUCUCAGGAAGUUGCCAGUCCGUUACCGAAAACCCAGGCGAUUAAAGCUGCGAUCGAGGGCUUCCAUUUUUUAUCCGAAAUACAAACGCACUGUCAUCGUUAUCGAAUUUUUCGUGGCCAAAUAUGGUACUCAUAUACUGAAAAAUGAAGGUCAUGUGUUACGUCUCUACGCCAUGUAGCGAGAGAUUCAGGAGCUCUAUUUCAUUACACAGUUAAAGCCAGGAAGCCACUCUGGGCCGAGACAGCCAGAAGUCUCCGCUAUGGUAAAAUGGGAAGAUGCUAGGUGGUACCCAAGCUAUUAGUAAUAUAUAACAUGCUUUAUAGAUUUCCAAUGGGGCGGAUAAUUGGCUAGAGCAUAUCGAGCGCAAUGUUAAGUCUUAUUCUUCAAA